AUGUCGAAUUCAAGUGAAGCAGAGAUAGUGCCAUCAAAGGAUCAAAAAUCCGAUGAAAGACAUUCCGUCGAAUGGAUCCUUGUAUCCCGAGAAAUUAGCCGAGAGCCCAAUGUGCAUCAAGAAGUAGAAGCAAAAAGCAAUGAAGCUAGCGAAGAGUCAAAUCAUAAAUUGACCACGCAAGUAAUUCAGAUGACGAACGAACCAUUCGAUCCUGCAAGUGAUAUGCAAGGGCAAAGCGGGAAUAUAAAUGUAGUUAAAUUUGACACAGAAGAACCAGCUGAAGAAGUACAAUUUGAAGUGAAUAAGCGUAUGAUUGACGGUUUGAUUACUACUCCUACAACUCCAGAAAAUAACGAUGAAAAAAUGGUGCCGUAUACUGCUUUUGGUAGGAUACAGCGGAUGAUAAUAUUUGUAAUUAUAGUUUACGUUGGAUUUUUGGGUCCUCUUUCUGGAAAUAUUUACAUCCCAGCUCUGCCAUUAUUACAGAGAAUAUAUGGGAUAUCUGCGACGGCAAUAAAUGCGACUGUAUCUGUAUUUAUGGCCGUUUUCGCAGUGGGCCCUCUUUUCUGGGCAAGCUUUGCAGACUUUGGUGGUAGAAAAAUUCUGUACAUCAUAUCACUGACUUUAACGGUGGUCGCGACGCUAUUACUCGCUGUCGUUCCAAUAAACACCGGCGCCCUAUUCUUUCUUCGAAUUUUACAAGCUUUCGCGUCAAGCUCAGUAAUUUCAUUGGGUGCUGGUACGGUGACAGACAUUACUCCACCAAAAAAUCGAGGCAAAGCAAUUGCAUACUUUAUGCUGGGUCCAAAUCUUGGUCCAAUUCUUGCUCCUGUCAUCGCGGGCCUAAUCCUAAUGAAAGGAGAUUACUGGAGAUGGCUAUUCGGUUUCAUCUCCAUCUUAUCAGUAGUAGGGCUUCUUUUGAUUAUAUUCUUUUUACCAGAAACGCUCAGGUGCAUUGUUGGAAACGGGGAUCCUGGUUGGUCCAUAAGCAACGACAGUACGGUAAUGAAUUCUGAGAUAAGAGAAAGAAUCAAAAUUCUAUCUGACAUUGGUUUUCAAAAACCAGUAACAACGGCAUCCGAAUUCCAAAAGCUUUAUCCCAGACCUCCCAAACCCAGUUUAAGUACUUACUGGGACUUGGUUAAAUAUGUUCCUGUUCUAAUCUGCUCUCUGACGACCGCGAUAUUGUUUGCGACCUACUAUGCCUUUAGUGUAACCUUCUCGCACUUUUUGAGGCAAUUUUACAAUCUAUCAAACUUGCAAAUAGGAGCUUGUUAUGUAUGCCCUGGCAUCGCUUUAUUACUGGGAUCUGUCGUGGGUGGCCAUCUAUCUGACUUCUUUAGGAAAAGAUGGUGUAAAAACCAUGUGGAUACAAAAUUCCCCAGCGAAAAGAGACUCCUACUACAAAUAUGGGGACUUCUUUUAAAUAUUGGUGGAUGCAUUGGGUAUGGAUGGAGUAUUCAGUUCCACUACAGACUUCCAAUUAUUCUUGUUUUCGCAUUCUGUAUGGCUUUUGGGAUGACUUGGUGUUCUAACGCGAGUAUGACCUAUUUGACUGAAUGUAUUCCUCGAAGAGCAGCCUCAACUGUUGCUGUCGGAAGUUUUUUCAGAAACCUUGCUGCUGGAAUAAGCUCAGUAAUAAUAUUGAAAUUGUGUGACGUUAUGGGAACUGGAUGGUGUUUUACUGGACUAGCAUUCUGCGAUGUCAUAGCUAUGUUGGGAAUCAUAUUCCUAAUAGAAAAUAGCUCGAAUUGGAGUAGUAGAUUAUUAACUUCAAAUUAA